CGCCGGUGUUAAUAAUAGCCGUAGUUCCAAAUAUGGCACCCAGGCACUCGGGGAGGGAUAUAGCCGAGGCCCUCAUAGGUACCUACCCUACCCAGCACCUUCUACAGUUCUAAAGACCCUCCUUUAUCGACCAAUUAUUCAUUUGGGCGGGGAGAGGCAAAAACAUAUCGACUUAGAUACGCCAUCACACCCAGCUGUCACAUCUAAUUAGAUCAGGUACGUGGGAACAACAGGUGCUCCAGCCUGAGGUGUCGGAAUUGCUGGAAUUUAAGUAGGAAUCGGCAGUACCGUGGAACACUAGAUUGGCGGUCGAUAUGGGUUUACAUAUUUCCACCAUCCAGGCACUAUACUGGCCUUAUUGGCCCACAUGACAAGACAAUGGACACCUAUGCAUCCAAACAUCAAAGACUUCUACAGUCCUGCGGACAAGAACAGCCCUCAAUUAUAUCCAUCAUCAAUGUCUCUGGUCGUGAUAGAGGAUCCAAAUUAUAUGUAGCGCCAAAAGGUAACAAGGACUCUUGUGAACAACCUCAGGUCAACCCGUCUAGUUAUCGUACAGCUAUGACCUAUUCCAAAAAUGCACCACCACACCCUUAUGUGAUUCCGCCUCGAUUUCAGAAGCAGUAUGCAGCACCUGCUUCACAUCCGCAACCUCCCACUGAAUCUCAUCUUCACAUCGAUCAGCAUAAAUCGCAAACACUACCAACUCCCACAGAACCAAUGUCUCAUCAUGACACUCAACCGCUGGGAGUCAAACUGGGUAGCCAUAUGCAAACACUGAAAACACCAUCUGAACCACCCAAGCGACCCCCGGGUUUGCAUUCGCCUGCUGGUCGAGGUGUCGCAUUACCUGUGCCAUCGAUUAACGUCAGCCUUCCUCCACCUUCCGAGGCAAAGAAAUGGGCUCGUAAAGAACGGUCAUCGGGACCUGAGUUCUCAGUCGCAGAACUCGAAGCUGUAACAAUUGAACCAGAAACCCCCGAACCUUCGAUCUCAUCAAUGUCUUCAAGUAGCGUCAAGCUACCGUCCGUUCGGGGCAGAUUACGAUCGUCGACCCCGAAACCUUCAAUGGGAGACUCGACUGCUCCAACACCAUCAAAGUUGGUUACGGAUACGAAAAUUUCGUCAACUUCGGGUAAAGAUGAGAUGUGUAGGAAAUGGUUCGUUGGUAUCUGUCCCCGCGGCAGGUGGUGCCAUUAUGCCCAUACAAUAAUACCAACCAAUCUCACCUGCAACCUUUGGCUGAAUGGGGGGUGCAAUCGGCCGCAGUGUCCUUUCGCCCACAAGCAUCAGAGUUCCGACGAUCCUGUCAGUAAUCAGCUAUCUGCUCAAAACGACGAUCCUCAAGAUGUUGCGCAAGUUGCCGAUGGUCCCGUUAAAGAUCAACCUCCCGUUCGAAAUGGCAACGUUCAUAAACGAAUACCGAGUAAUCGCACUUGCCACCGUUGGCUUCGUGGGGAGUGUAGUCGGUCGUCGUGUCUUUUCAUGCACGAGCAUCAGAGUUCCGAUAGUUCCGUCAGGAAUCAACCACCUGUUCAAAACAGCGAUCCUCGAGACUUCGAAAUAUGACCUCCACUGCAAGCCGACUGGAACCAAAUCUAAGAGCACUUCGAGUGAGACUUCACACGAAUCCCACCUAUUCAGUCCUUUUUUAAAAAAAAAUACAUUUAUUGUCAUUGUAGGCUGGCCUA